GGUCACACUGCGUCGGGGGUGAAGCCAAGUCCACGAAAAAGUGAAUAAAAAGCGAAAAAUGUCAAAUAGCGUAUGAAAUAGUCAUGCAAGAGACCAAUAGUGACAAUGUGCCGCACAACUAGCCUUAGAUAAAGCUCUAAAUCGCCUAUAGGCCAUGCACUGCGCCCUGCAUACCUGCGUAUGAAAAACCUGCUGCCGCCGUAAUUACAGUUAGACACUAAAAUAGCUGCACGGCCAGGUUGCAAGGUGAUUUGGGGCACGUAUCUUCGCGAGCAGGAGAUUCGGAAUCGGGCAUAGCCCUCGCACGCUAGCCCAAUUGCAAUGGAAAACGAAUCCGUCAAGUCGGAACACAGUGGACGCUCCAGACGCUCGCGGAAUCACAACAACAACGGCGGAGGGGGUGGCGGCGGAGUUGGUGGCGGCAGUGGCGGAGGAGGCAGUGUCAACAACGGCUACCACAGGGAGCGGGACCGCUCCAGACAUUCCCACCGCAGCACACACUCCUCGAAGUCGGGCAAGGGAUUUCAACGGGGCGACAUGGCACCGUACCAGACCAGCGUUAAUAUGACAGGAGACGGCAGCCACGAUGGCCAGGAAGUCAUCGAGGUGCAAAUCCUUCCGCAGGACGAGAACUGGGGCGAAAACACUACUGCCGUCACGGGAAAUACCUCGGAGCAAAGCAUCUCCAUGGAGGACAUCAACAACAUGUGGCAUCGUGAGAGCGACAAGGGCUUUGGGUUUGCCUGCCGCCGAUACGUGGAAUCUAGCUUCUACUUCCUUCUGGGAUGCGGAGCGUUUUUCUCGCCCGUAGCAAUGGUGGUGAUGCCGUAUGUGGGCUUCUUUCCGUCGGCCUUCGAUCAUCCGGAAAUAACGCAAACUGUGCGCACCCAGCUGCUGGCCUGCAGUGAGCAGUGCAAGGGCCAACUGGUCUCGUUGGCCGCCCGGCUGCUGCUCCUGGCCAUCGGCCUGUGGGCGGUGUUCAUGCGACGUACAUCGGCCACCAUGCCACGGAUUUUUCUGUAUCGCGCACUCGUCCUCCUUCUCGUCACCAUCUGCACGUUUGCUUACUGGCUCUUCUACAUCGUGCAGGUCACAAACGGGGCCAAGAUCGUUGUGGAGACGGGCGGCGAUGCCGUGGACUACAAGUCACUGGUGGGCUAUGCCACCAAUUUUGUGGACACUUUGCUAUUUAUUCACUAUGUGGCCGUGGUGUUACUGGAGCUGCGACACCAGCAGCCGUGCUACUACAUCAAGAUCAUUCGCUCCCCGGACGGCGUUUCGCGCUCCUACAUGCUGGGUCAGCUGAGCAUCCAACGGGCGGCAGUGUGGGUGCUACAGCACUACUACGUGGAUUUCCCCAUCUUUAACCCUUACCUGGAGCGCAUCCCAAUAUCGGUCUCCAAAUCGCAGCGAAACAAAAUAUCGAACAGUUUCAAGUACUACGAAGUGGAUGGGGUGAGCAAUUCGCAACAGCAAAGCCAGAGUCGAGCCGUUCUAGCAGCCAAUGCCCGACGCCGAGACUCCUCGCAUAACGAGCGCUUUUACGAAGAGCACGAGUACGAACGUCGUGUGAAGAAACGGCGUGCCCGUCUUAUAACCGCCGCCGAGGAGGCCUUCACCCACAUCAAACGCAUUCAUAACGAACCGGCUCCGGCAUUGCCGCUCGAUCCGCAGGAGGCUGCCUCGGCGGUUUUUCCCUCGAUGGCCAGAGCGCUACAAAAAUACUUACGGGUCACGCGUCAGCAGCCUCGCCAUACCUUUGAGAGCAUACUGAAGCAUCUGGCGCACUGCCUAAAGCAUGAUCUGUCGCCCCGCGCCUUCUUGGAACCCUACUUGAUCGAGUCUCCGGUGAUGCAGAGCGAGAAGGAGCGACGCUGGGUGCAGUCUUGGUCCCUGAUCUGCGACGAGAUCGUCUCUCGCCCAAUCGGCAAUGAAUGCACUUUCCAGUUAAUUCAGAACGAUGUCUCCCUAAUGGUCACCGUACACAAGCUGCCACACUUCAACCUGGCCGAGGAGGUCGUGGAUCCCAAAAGCAACAAAUUUGUUCUUAAGUUGAACUCCGAGACAUCCGUAUGACACCAGCACAACGCCCCUCCGAUCAACACGCCCACUCACAGCAACCAGACGCAAUCGUCCUACUUGCAUGUGUUUGUCUAAUAAUCCCAGCUACUAAUUCAUUCACCCAUUUUCUUUACUUUAGCCUGAUUGAUGACUUGUGAGAAACUGCCAUCAGGGUAAUUGAAUUUAUUUUUAUACGCCUGAAACACCAUAACCAAUCAAACAAAGCAAUCAAAAUUUCUUAUCUAGAGGAGCAUUUUUAGAUCGAUCAAAUCCUUGAAUUUAAAGAAACAAACAAACAUGGAAUGUUAGAAUGGAAAAGUUUUUGUGAGAACAAAAUGUCUAGGCAGGCCCCAGCAGCUAAACUUUGAUCUUGUAACAAAUGAUUAGAUGAGAAGACAACGUACUUAUCAGCGCUGAACUUGAACUUAUGACUCGAAUAUCAAGAAACAAUGCUCAAAAGCCCAGUGUAUCAUCCUAAACCGACGCGAACAUAUCACACCCUUUGAUAAGCAAAAAUGACUUACAAGUUCCCAAAGUAUUAAUUAUAAGAAUGAUGGUUUGGCUUGCCGAACCGCGAUCUUCAGAUAUCAACUCUUAAAUGCAGCUCUUGUAUACACGAUUUUUAUUUUAGGAAACAUGUUUAGUGUAAAGUUGGACUUACUCGUCGCGGAAUAUCUAAAGUUUUACGCGAUAUCUGUGACGCGUAAGCCCGAUCGCUAGCCUUAAGAUGGAAUGGAGUGAGCCAAGGCAAGCCCAUGGAAUUUUAGCUAGGACUCGGACUUGCGUCGAAAGUGCAUUGGCCACUUUUGACGCGACUUAAUAAGAUUUUAAAUACGCACAUUUUAAGCCGAAACCGAAAGGUCCUAACUCUUCUGCCACAAAGUUGAGAAACGACGUAACAACUAUAACUCGAAUGCAACUGAUGACAAAUACAUAAUAUAAGCGAAGACUGCCUGAAUAUGCAUUUUAUACACACAAAUUGCCAACAGCCACUAGCAGGUGUAUGUACUAACCUGUGCAUAGCAACCACAUAUAUACAAAAACUCGUGUAUUUUUAGAGACGAAAUUAUAGUGAUAAGGACCCGAAUUCGUAUUCGAACAUGUGUACGUUCCAGUGAACCCAAUCUAUACAUACAUAUAUGAUAUAUACCUAUUUACAAAACUACUUAGAAACGUUUGCUUGAGGUUUGAUUUCAUUUUCGUUUUCUAGCUAAAUGUCUUCUGUCGAAGCUCUUUUAUAUUGCAAUUAUCUAGCAAUUACUUAAAGCAAUUGGAAAGCCAACCUAAGCACACAUACCAUUUAUACAUACAUUUACUCUCAAACUGUAACUGUUGUAAUUGUAACUAGCCUAUAAAAACCACAUGCCCUAAAUAAAUCAAAACCACUUCUUUAACAGCUUUAAA